ACCCUAUUAUCACAUAAAGUCUCACUGUGUUCUUUCGUUAUCGCGAAUUAGGGUUUUCAGCCAAUUUCAGUGAAGAAGAAGGAAGGAGAAACGAUGGAAAAGUUGGAGCAAGUUCAAUGUUUCGGCCGCAAGAAGAACGCGGUGGCUGUCACCUACUGCAAGCGCGGCCGUGGUUUGAUCAAGAUCAACGGUGCCCCCAUCGAGUUGAUUGAACCGGAGAUCCUCCGAUUCAAAGCAUUCGAGCCGUAUGUCGAUGAACAGAGCAAGAAGGAGAUCAAGGAUAUCCUUGUGCGUUACGAUCGUACCUUGCUUGUUGCUGAUCCUAGGCGCUGUGAGCCUAAGAAGUUCGGUGGUCGUGGUGCUCGUGCUAGGUUCCAGAAGUCAUACCGUUGAAAUCGUUUAUUUGGAAGGGACGAAGAAAGAAAAACGAGGUGUUUUUUGGUUGUUUAUUUUAGCUUUCGGUUCAUGUUUUAUGCUGUGGAAAACUUUUUCUUUUAAUUCGUAGAAUUAUUAUCGAUUGAAUUGUUGUUUUAGUUGAACUUGUUAUUUAGGGUUUGUAUGCGAUUUUGCAAGAUUCACAUAAAUUAUGUUUUAGUUUUGAAAUUCUGCUUA